AUGGCCACCGAAACGAUUACUGCCACGACCGCCGACGCUGCCUCGCGUCGUCCUGCCCGCAUGCGCAUGGACGGCACCGACGCGACCUACGGCGACUGGCGCGACGAUCUCCUGCGCGAUGGCUACGCGGUCGUCAAGGGCGCCGUCCCGCGCGAGCGUGCUCUGGCCUACGCAGACAAAAUGUACUCGCUGGCCGAGUCCUUCGGCCUCGGCUACGACCGCAACGACCCGGCCACGGUCCACCCCGACAAGCUCCCCGUCGUCAACGAAAAGGGCAUGCUCAUCCACUACGGCGCGUGCCACGAAGACUUUGUCUGGGCGGUCCGCGCCGAGCCGGGCGUCGUCGACACCUUCGCCAAGGUCUACGGCACGGACGACCUGCUUGUCUCGUUUGACGCCAUCAACUACGGCUUUGCCCACCGCGCCAACCUGCCCGCCAACACGCCGUGGCCGCACCAGGACCAGGACCCCGACCGGCCGGGCUUCCGCUGCCUCCAGGGCCUCGUGAACCUGCUGCCCAGCGGCCCGGACGACGGCGGCCUCAUUGUGUGCCGCGGCGCCCACAGCACCAGCCAGCAGUUCCACGACGACCUGCGCGGCACCGAGGACCGCAUCCCCGCCUGGACCAAGGAGUGGUACGGCUACACCGACCGGGGCAUGGCCUGGCUCCGGGACCACGGGCACGCGUGGAUCAAGGUCGAGGCCGAGCCCGGCGACCUGCUGCUCUGGGACUCCCGCACGCCGCACUACAACGUGCCGGCCCAGAAGCAGCAGGACCGCCUGGCCAUCUACACGUGCUUCAUGCCCGUGGCGGACGCGACGCAGGACGACCUGAAGCGCAAGCGGGCCGCCUACGAGGCGCGGCUGGGCACGACGCACUGGCCGAACGCCAUGCACACGGGCUCGAACCAGGCGCUGCACAACGGCGAGGCGGACACGGUGCAGCGCGCGUGGCCGCUGAACGAUGCGGCGCUGAGCGAGCGGGCCUUUAAGCUGACGGGCAUUCCUUAUAUCCAGGCGGAGGUAUGA